AUGCCUAAGGUUAUUGGAUAUACUCCCCCAUUCCUGUCGCGACCGUCGCCAGGCUCUAGAAUCUUCACAGACCCAGAGCCUCAGUCGCCCGCCUCUCCCUCUAAACGCUCCUCUUACCUUGGCGCCCUCCCGUCGACACAAUAUCAAGGACCGAGAAGAUUGGUCGCCAGCAGGGGCACCGAAAUAUUCACGGUCGUGGGGAAUAAAGUGAGAUGGGCAGAUCUCAGCGCUGUUCGAGACGAAUGGGAGGACAACACCCAGUCUGGCGCCAGUCGAUUUGGUCAGUCUCGCUCUGACGCAACGGAGACCACCGGAGACAGUGUCUACAGAACGUUAGCUGUUCCUGUCUACUACCAGAUUCGCCAGAUUUCGAUUUCCCCUUCAGGCCUUUUUCUAGCCAUCUGCACAGAACAUACUGUCCACAUCGCAGUGCUUCCGGACUCAUCGCGGCUGAAGGAGCAUGCCCGUUCACCUUUAAAAGUGAAAACAUAUCAGCUUGGUCCAACGGUCCAUGUCAUUCCAGAAUCUCCGCUCGCAUCCGUGCUAUGGCAUCCCCUGGCCUGCGCUACUGCUUCCACUGAUUGUCUGGUCACAGUGACUGCCGAAGCAGCGGUUCGAGUUUGGGAAUUUGACAAGGCCAACAGCUGGUCCCUCGACCGUCCAAAACUGUCCAUAGACCUCCGAAAACUCGCCGAUGGCGUCUCGUGCGACCAAGAUUUUGAGCCGUCCGGCUUUGGCAAAACUCGUGGAUUUUCUGUCGACGAUUUUGACAUGGAAGCUUCUGCUGCGUGUUUUGGUGGUCGAGGUAGGGAGGACGAAGAUGCCUGGGCGAGUAUGACGCUUUGGGUUGCCAUGAGGAACGGGGAUCUGUACGCUCUGUGCCCGCUGUUACCAUCGAGGUGGAAGCCGACGUCAACAACUAUUCCCUCGCUGACCACCACCGCUGUCUCACGAAUGGCAUCAAUUAAUGACGACGAGACGGACAUGGACGAAAGACGGGCCGCCGACCAGCAAUACGAGUGGGUCCAAGAAAUCGACAAUGAGGAGCCCCAGAUUCAUCAAUCGAUCGAUAGCCUUGGUGAAUUCGAGAUACGGUACAGACCGCAAAACCCGAGUGCCAUUCCACGUCUUCAAGGGCCUUUCACGAUCGUCCCCGAGGAGGAUGCUUCAGAGAUUGAGGUUUCUGAUAUCCAUGUGUUUCCUGCGAAGCUCGAUGAACAAGACCUUUUCGACGGUGAAGACUACGAUGAAAUCGACCCGGGGCUUGUCCAGCCUAUCUCCUUCACAACUAUCUGUGUUGCCACGCCUGAGAAUCAAGUUUGGUUUGCCAUUGACCUUGAUGGCGUGACAGGACAGUGGCUGCCCAAGAAAGGGAAAAGUGCAUUUGGUGUGCCUUCAUCUGACGCCACACCCCUGACAUUGAUUGAUGUCGUUACGCUUGACGGAACGACCACGGACCCUGCGACUAAUUGGCCUGUUUUCACUCCUGACAUUGCCUACAAUUGUUCAAUUUUUGUGACCACUCAAAAGCAUGUGUACGCAGUGUCCUUGGAUGACUGGGUCACCCAGCUAGGUGCUGAAUUAUCUGGAACUGAACCUGUCGAUCUCGGUCUGAAAACCAGGCUGGAAACCCGAUGUCAGAAUCAAGUUUGUCUGACCGACAAAUUAAUCGAGGUGCGUGAGCCUUCUGAGGCCCUCUCGGCUCCGACGACCAUUGACGACACAUCAUUGGGAUAUUUUCUCUUGACCGCAACGUCGAACGCUCCAUAUGGAGUGGUCUUCGAUCAGGCGCCCAUAGGCACCUCAAUUGUUGGCCCUUCAACUACGGACUUCACUAUGUCUUCUAGUCAUCUAGAAGCUCAAUUUGUGAAUAUGCCGGGGUCACCCAUCGAAACGAUUCCUGCGCGAGAGCCAUAUUGUCCUCCCAAAAUCUUCUACUUCAACCAGCAUAUUCCCAUCGACUCGAUGCGCCAACGUCUGCCGCCACAUCUCAAAAAGGUCAUCUCCGAACGGCCUAUGCGUUUGAGCCCAGCCAUGUUAGAGAUCAUGACUUUCACCCAUCGCACGGUUGGCGUCCAGUCAGCUGGACUCGAGAAUGCAGCUGCAGAACUCUUCCGGCGGUGUGAACGUCUGAGAAUCGAACUUGCUGGUCAGGUCAAGCAGAUGACGGAACUAGCUCAACAGCUGCAGCGUCUUACCGCUACCACGGAGGAGGAUGAGAAUGGCAAUGUCAAGGAGAGGAAAACACCCGAGACCAGGAUCAACGAGGCACGAGAGCGGCAGAGCAAGCUGGUAGCGAGAUAUGAGGCUCUACGAAGGAAGGUGGGUCAUGUCGGAUCGGCGAACCGAGAACUGAGCUCUAAGGAACUGGCCUGGAUGCAUGAGAUCGACAGCCUCGGCCAGAAUGUUGGCAUUGUGGGUAAAGAGGACGGCGAGCAAGAGGCAGGCCGAAGCGACACAACUCUCGACAAGCGAUUUGAGACGGUCAAACAACUCACUCGCUCCCUUGUGGAAGAGGCUCACAGUAUCGAAAAACAACAGCAACAAUCUCCGGCGUCGCCGAAAGGGCCUCCAGGUCUGGACGCCUCCAUGUCCUCAAUCUCGGCAUCAUCAAUUACGCCAUCCAUGUCAGCGUCGCAAAUCACCCUUACGUCCCGGUCCAGCGGAGCCGCCGCAUCCCCCAGAAGUUCCAAUUUCGGCGGACUGGGUAUUUCUAGUCGAUUGCAAAAAGAAAGCAUCGCGGAUAUCAUGGCCACGGUUGAGAGGGAAGGUGCUGUGAUUGAGGCGGCUAUGAAACGACUCGAGAGAUUGAAAAUGGAGUAUUAG